CGCCCGAGGUCGGGGGCGGAGCCUGCCGCCGGCGGAAGGCGGGCCCGCGGGACGGCCCCUGGCUGAGCGGUGCGGCUGGGUUUUGGCCAAAUUGGGCGAGGGCACAAAGUAACCACUUACCCCUUCUCACCGAGGAAGAACGGGAGAAAGGGUAUGGCACAGUCACAAGGCUGGUGGAAAAGAUACUUGAAGGCUUUUUGUAAAGGCUUCUUUGUGGCAGUGCCCGUGGCAGUGACGUUCCUGGAUCGGGUUGCCUGCGUGGCAAGAGUGGAAGGAGCAUCAAUGCAGCCUUCUUUGAAUCCUGGGGGGAGCCAAACAUCUGAUGUGGUGCUUUUGAACCACUGGAAAGUGAGGAAUUUUGAAGUACAACGUGGUGACAUUGUGUCAUUGGUGUCCAGUGCCUGGUGCCAUGUGUAUGCUGAGUAUAUAUUUACUGAAGGACCCAAGUCCGAAGAGCUGUUCACAUGGAUUCAAAGGCAACAUUUUACCUAUCCCUAUUAAUCAAUUACACACUUUGUUCAGUGUUGUGGCAGCACUGGCUGACUGAAAUACAAGCACAUUGGCGAUGACAUGGUUUUCUUUGUUCUCACAUCUACUUAUAUCUGAAUAAGGAGCUCAGAUUUGUGUUCUCAUUCCGGCAAUAUGGAAAAUGGAUAGUAGUAAGAACAAUUUAAUAUUUUUUAGUUAGAAUCAACUCAAAUACUUAAGGAGAAACAGGUUUUAUUACUUCAUGUGAAGGGAUCUGAAGUUAAGUUUAUGUUCUGUGGUUAGCAAACUAUGCCUGGUAUUUUUGAAAUGUCUGAUGAUAUGAUACAGUCUCAGAGUAUAUCAGAGAUAACCCAGAUGGCUCCUUUUUAGACUAGUUUUACUGCUAAUUAAAGGGCUGAUUUUUCUCUCACAAACUCAAGAGUGUGAAUAUAUUUAUUGUCAAAAUAUUCAAUAGUUGGACAAGCUAAAUAGGUCCAGGGAAACCUAAUUGGGCAUUUUCCAUCUUGCAUAAUUCUGGUGCUUAUAUUUAAGAGAGACUGGGGAAUAGCUGUUAGUAAAGGUAUUGAUUGUAAGUCUGCUGCUUUUUAAUAGCUGUGUAUUAACUGAAGAAGUUCAAUUUCAAGGAACUAAAAUUUUGAAGAAAAAUAUCUAAACUGAACUAGUCCUUUCACUCCCUCUUAGGUGAAUAGUUUUGUUUUUAUUACAUUUUGAAUGUUGCUGUCGGUCUGUUUGAAGAGAACCCAUGACUAGAUUGCUCUUACUUUGACAAAAGAUCAUUAUCUGGCUGGAGCAUGUUCUGGAGUUAAUAAAUGUAUAAUGUGCUAUUUCAGAAUCUUUGAAGAUAUUAAGUAUAAUCUCAUUUUGAAUGUAGAAGAUGUUUCAUAAUAAAUGUGUAAAAAUUCUCUUGACAGAACCUUAAUAUGACAACUAAUAAAUACAUAAUUGGAUAAUUGUUAACAAAGAGACAUAUUACUGUGAAGUACCUUCAAAUUAUUUAGGUGCAAUAACAAAUUAUCAUUUUUUCCCUGAAAAAUGACAAAUAAAUUAGCAAUUAUUUAAUUAACUCAUGUUACUUAUGAUGAAGAAUACACACUGAAAAUUUUUUUGAUGGAGCUAUUUUUACUGUCUUCUAGUAAUUCACUUUUGAUUUUUAUUCAGAUAAUUCAUAAUACUAAAUUAUCUGUAGAGAACAGUUGCCACUUGCAAUGUACAUAUGUAUGGAUUUUACUUUUUACCUAGCUUACUGUAUAUGUAUGAGACCUGUUAUUAAUGUUAGGAAAACCUUAACCAAGAUCAUCCUGGCUUAGAAAGUUGUUCAUGAAAGUUGCUAUUUCAUCUGUAAAUCCAGACUUAGACUUACAAAUCCAGAUUGCACUUUUCUUAUUUAAUCUUAAAAUGAGUUUCCAUUUAUUUGAUGAGCAAAUACUUUGCAAUUACAUAUUAAACAGUUUUGUUUAUGUGCUGUUUGAUAAGAUGUACCAUUUUUAAUACCUCUGGAAUUUUCUGUUCUUGAGGUUAAAAGCCUUCAGGUAUAUACUGUUGUUACUAUUAUCAUCAUUAUUUGAGAAAAUAGCAUUUCCACUUGCAUUUCAGCAUGGUUCCUUUCCACCAUAGUCAUAUUCACAUGAGAAGGGAACUCUUUUUGGCUCAGUGAAAUAUCCACAUUGUUUUUCUGAGCUGCAGCCAUCUAAUGUGUGAUUGUUUUAAGGUGUAGUGUUAUGAAAUCUUAUUUCACCAUAUUUCAUCAUGGUCUGUUUUGCAAUUUUAAAAAUGACUUGUGUUUAAAUACCUAUAACAACUGUAAUUCUGGCAAAUGGAUAUAUAAUUUAUAUACUCUCAUUAGAUAAUUUCUUUGACUAGCAUAUAAACUUUCACUUUCUGAUCAGUUUAAGUGGGAAACUGACAUUGUACAUGGUCUUUGUUGUCUCUAGUAGGACUUUUUACUGUAAGGUUUAUGAGAGGCUUUCAGUGAUAUAUUUUUUCAAGUCUGGUGGUUCUCUGUGUACAGAUAUCACAUUUCAUUUUUCAGUUAAUAAAUAGUUCAUAUUUUACUGUCUCAUUAGCCUUUCAGUAAGUGGGUUUCAAAAUGGUCUCAUUAGCCUUUUGAUAAAUAUCAUUUUAAUUAAAUAUGCAUAAAUAUGGAAAGAUCUACCAGUCUAACAAUGUCUAUAGUAAUUACAGUGUACUUUGUAUUAUUUUGCAUACUUACAGAAUUGUGUACCUAUUUUUGAUGCAGAAUAAUUACACCGUUGGGAGUCUAUACUAACCUGUUAUUUUGUGUUUAUGAAGAUCACAAGUCUAUCAAGUAGGUGGCUUGAAUUAAUUUGAUUUCACCUUUAUCAUAGUGCUAAUGGAAUUGAUAUUGUAACUUCUUUUAUGCCAAGAAGUAAAGAAUAACUUUAUUCUUUAAUAAUGAACUCAGGUUUAAUAACUUUUUGUGCUGAUUCAGAAAACUCAUUUGUUGCAGAAUUUUUGUAAAGAUAGAUGUUUUAAUGCAGUUGAAUAUUAUAAAAACUGUUCAGUUCAGUUCUUCAGCUAGUCAUUAAUAUUGUUAUGAUAUGACAGAGGCAUUGCUAGAGAAAGGAACUUUAGAGUUAGAAAAACUUGACCUCAGAUGUAUCUCAGAUUUUCUAGUUACUAUCAUAAGGCCCUUGGGAGAUUAUAAUAACACUUGCCUCAAAGGACUGUUUUGAGAAAAAAUUGAGAUAAUGAGAUUUAGUAUGCACUAAAAAAGGUACAUUAGUUUAUCAUAAUAAUAUGUCAUGACUUUUUUGUUUUAAAUAUAUUUAAUUUUGCUGUAAAUUAUGUUGAUCAGUUUUGCAUUUGUGACAAUUAAAAAUGUUGAUUAAAUGUAUAUGAACAUCAAGCUGUAAACUUGUUUUUGGACACCUUGAAAGCCAUUGUAAUCAGCAUGUUCGAAAACAUUACAUAGUUGAAAUUUAAUAAAAUUGAAUUGAAUUUGCAUGGCUUCAACUCAUAUAAGAUGAUUGUCAUGCAAUUUUGCUUAUUUCCUGACAUAUAAUUG